CAAGAGUCAAGCGCAAUGAGCACGGAGCCAGAGCUAUCUCCAAUUGUCGACAGUAUCCAGCGUCCCCACCCAUCGGUAGCAGCAGCUUCUGAGCUUGCUCCAGAGCUCGUGGCACUUAUCCUCAAAGAACUCGAAAACGACGGAACCACCCUCCAGGCAUGUGGCUUGGUAAACAGAAUUUGGGCGCAAUGCGCCCAGGAAACUCUUUUCUCGUCGAUUACUAUCGAUCUCCCCUCUUCGGCCAGAAAACUCCUGAAAGUCCUCGAAGCUCGACCAGACCUGGCUCGAAAGAUCCAAAGCGUCGCCAUCCAGAUCAGUUGGGGGAAGCGCAACCGUUAUGCAGAAGGCUUCAGUUGGGUCCCUGUUGUAGACAAGGAGCUCAUCGCCAUCUGCGCGUACCUUGUUCAAGUCAGAAAGGUUUCUAUUGGCACUGCCGACGAAGUCUUCGUAGACUGGAAGUCGGAGUUCUCUUCCAGCUUGAGGGCUGAACUGUGGGACCUCAUGGGGCGAGCAAGGGAGGUUGAAUUGGUCAGUAUUACGAAUAUGCAGGUCCAGCCCCUUGUUGGGCUCGCAAAUCUGGAGAACCUGAUUCUCUGUCGCGUGAUAGAAGAUCCUGCGGAGGCGGCGGCAUUGUUCCCCUUGAACAAGGUGGAGUGGGUUAGUGAAGAGGAGCGGAAAAGAGGGCGGCGAUUGAAAACAUUGGUAAUACGAUGGACGACCUCCUUCUCAAACCUUCUCUUCAAGUGCCUUGAUCUCGCGCAGUCCACCCCUCCACCUUCUUGCGUGUCGCGGGGAAUGCCACCACUUGUCCCUCUCACGCUCGACUUUCAUCCCACCAUGAACGUAACCUAUGCACCGUGGGGCACGCGCGAGGCAACCAAAGGCAUCAAUGCUAUCCGGCAGCGACUGGCGCAACACGUCCACUCAUACCGCUCCACUCAUCGAUGGCUCUCCCCCGAGGAGCUUGCGUUUCACUGUUUUCCCAAUCUAGAGAUACUUGACAUUGAAAUAAGUCGGCAUCUUCUGUGGAAAGAUGUCCAGAAGAUUCUUGGAGCUUUGGAAGAUUUGGGAAAGCGAGGAGAAGGGAAGCUCAAGUUGAAUACCUUCAUAUUCUCGCUUGCGUUCCAGCCCCUCGGUCCAGAAGCCGAAGCAGAGCUGGAGGCGUUUCUUCUUCAAGGGUACACUAUUCUGGAAGGGAUGGACCGCAUUCUUUGCAACGAACAAGCAUUUCCAAAUUUGCGCCAAGUCAUCAUACUCUAUGAAGAUUCGCAUAUGGACCGUAAAUUGGAUGCCUCAGUUGUCAAGUCCCUUCGGGUGCGAAUGGGGGAUAGGAUGAAGGGUUUGAUGGAAAGAGACAUGCUGGAUGUGAUGCGGUGA